GGUUACCCUUGACGCCGAGAAAGUCCCUUAUCAACGGGCAACAACAAAAUAAACCUGCGAGAGCGAAUUGAAGCAAAGCUUGGCGCAAUCGCCACUGAGUUCGGCCGACAAUGCAUCUGGUCGCUAACAACGUUGCCGGCUGUGGAGUCUCAGUUGGUAAGUAUCUUCCGUGUUUGGGUGUUUCUGGAAGAACAGCUUCUGUAUUUUCUUGCUCCUCUCUGGCUUAUCACAGAAUUUACCCUCGUGUCAAAAUAAGAGGGGUAAAAUGUUCUUCUAUGGGUGCAUCUUUUGUGUGUGAAGCAAGGAGGAAUCCGGAAUCUUUCUCAAGGCAAAACAAGAAUGGAUUUUCCAGAAGUCGGAACUGGCUUAAUGAAGGGAGAGACAGUUUUGAAAACUUUGAAGAAGAUAUGUUAUCUUCUAAAAACAGUCCGGUGAUAUCUCUAUCUAGCACACCAAAAUCCCCGGCCAAUGCAGUUCCUGGACCUAGAGAGAAGGAGAUUGUUGCACUAUUUAAGAAGGUUCAGGCUCGGAUAAGAGAGAAAUCUGUUAUUAAAGAAGUAAAGAAAGUUGGAGCCACCCUAGGACAAGGUAAGGAGAGUGGUUCUGUCGAUUCCCUCCUCAAGCUACUAAGGAAACACUCAAUUGAGCAAGUAAAGAGAAGUAGUAGAGGUGGCAGAGAAACAAAGUUUUGUUCAGACCAGUUGCAUGAUAAUAAGCAAAACAAUGACAGCCAAAGCACCAGAUUUUCUGAUAUAGAUAGCACUUCAAAUAAUGAGUCUCAAGAAACCAACAUCUUUGUAGCUAGGCCUCCAUCAAAUUUCCAACGAAGGUCUCCUGUUCCUCGGCUUAAGUAUCAGUCUGUCUCUUACAAGAGUAAAGAUGUGAAUGAAGUCCCUCUAAGUAGUGGGAUUAGAGAGAAGGAUGAGCAGCAAAUAGGUCUGAAGCUUGAUUCCAAGCUAGAGCUUGACUCGGAACUAGAACUUGAUCCAAAGGAUGAGCUUUUCUUCCCAGAAGUGGGGAUUGCUGAUAUGUCAGAGGAUGAUUCUCUUGAUUCUGAGGCUGAGCAGAUCUAUAUUGAUGAGCUUGGAGAGGACCAGCAUGAGAGUUUGAGUACACUGAAGUUGACUGAAUUAAGGGAAGUUGCAAAGUCUCGGGGUCUAAAAGGGUUUUCAAAAUUGAAGAAGAGUGAGCUCCUGGAGUUGCUAACUGGAAGCUGAUUCCGAUCAAUGAUAUGUGAAAGCAAAAACAAGAGACAACAGAUUUUAUUUAUUUUUGUUUUUUAACCUGUGAAUCUAUCUGGUAUAUCCUUGCAUUGUUUUUCUAUUUAGUUCUUCCAAGUGCUUGAGGAUUUGUGGAUCAUUAGAAUAGAAUAACAACCAUGCCAUCCAUGCCUCGGAGGAUUUUGAAUGUGUAGUUGUAUUCCCAUGAUGAGAUUUAUGAAAUUUUGUCACUGAUUAAAAGUGUGCCAUUUCAGUAU